AGUCCAGCUCUGCUGUAUACAGGGUGCAGGGGCAGGAGAGAGAGCCAAUCACCGGAACGCAAGGGCUCCCUUUAAGCCUGACAUAUCACCAAGCAGGAACAAAUUGUCCCAACAAUCAACAUCCAAAAGCGGGGGAAGAGUGAAGAGGAGUGGAUCGUAUAAGGAAAAAAGCGGAAGGAUUGCAUCGCGACUAAAAAGAAAAAAAGAAAAAAAAAAGAAAUAAAAAUCAGCUUUUGGAUUUUCCCAGGGUGGAGUGAGCCGGGGCAUCAUGUCUAUUUUACCCUCUUUCGGCUUCACCCAGGAGCAAGUGGCGUGCGUGUGCGAGGUGCUGCAGCAGGGCGGAAACCUGGAGAGGCUCGGACGCUUCUUGUGGUCUCUCCCCGCCUGCGACCACCUCCACAAAAACGAGAGCGUCCUCAAAGCGAAAGCGGUGGUGGCUUUCCACCGGGGCAACUUCCGGGAGCUGUACAAGAUCCUGGAGAGCCACCAGUUCUCGCCUCACAACCACCCCAAGCUGCAGCAGCUGUGGCUCAAGGCGCACUACGUGGAGGCGGAGAAGCUGCGAGGCCGGCCGCUGGGAGCCGUGGGGAAGUACCGCGUGAGGAGGAAAUUCCCGUUGCCGCGUACGAUCUGGGACGGCGAGGAGACCAGCUAUUGCUUCAAGGAGAAGUCCAGGGGGGUCCUGAGAGAGUGGUACACGCACAACCCUUACCCGUCUCCGCGGGAGAAGAGGGAGCUGGCCGAGGCCACCGGACUGACCACCACGCAGGUCAGCAACUGGUUCAAAAACAGGCGGCAGAGGGACAGAGCUGCCGAGGCCAAAGAAAGAGAGAACAGCGAAAACAGCAACGCAGGCGGCAACAAACAGAACCAACUGUCCCCGCUGGAUGGAGGCAAGUCUCUCAUGUCCAGCUCAGAGGACGAGUUUUCCCCCCCUCAAAGCCCCGACCAGAACUCAGCGCUUUUACUUCAGGGCAACAUGGGCCACCCGGGGGCCUCCGCGUACUCCAUGCCCGGCCUGGGAGCCCCACAGCCGGUGCACGGCAUGCACGGACACCCGCAUCAGCUCCAGGACUCCUUGUUGGGACCCCUAACCUCCAGUCUUGUGGAUUUGGGCUCUUAAAACCGGGGGCUGGUUUUUAUUUGACGAAGAAAAGAAAAAAACCCACGGAAAAAAGGACUGGUAAAUGUAUCAGAUUCAUGUAAGAAAUAACAUUAUUGUAGCUUAUUAUGUAGACUGACUUGUUUGUCGUUACAUUUGAUAUACGACAAAAUCCCUUUAUGCGCUUAAAAUCUGGAUAUCACCCUGACAGGAGGUUUUAUUAUCUCUUACAUGUAAAAAAAAAAAUCACAAUAGCAAGACUUAAAAACCCCUCAUUGGAACACUUAAGUGGACUAUACCCAUUUGCUUAAUUUAUGAUAUAUAUUUUUAAAAGAAUUCCAGUCAGGUCAUGCCAUUAGAUUCAAAUAAAACAAAAAAAGCAAUGCAUUUGUCUCAAUUAUAUUAUUUUUUUUAAUGUAUUUGUGAAUUAUUCUCUACUGACAGGUUUUAUUAUCUCUUACAUGUAAAAAAAAACACAAUAGCAAGACUUAAAAGCCCUCAUUGGAACACUUAAGUGGACUAUACCCAUUUGCUUAAUUUAUGAUAUAUUUUUUAAAAGAAUUCCAGUCAGGUUAUGCCAUUAGAUUCAAAUAAAAUGCAUUUGUCUCACUUAUAUUAUUUUUUUAAAUGUAUUUGUGAAUUAUUCUCUAAAAUAGAAAGCAAUCUGAAUAUGAAGUUGUGUGUAAAACCGGUGCUUUAUUUGAUUAAUUAUACAUUUCGUCUAUUAUGAAGGCAAAAGUCUAUUCACUAUAGUGUAAACAGAGUCCUAAAUGAAAUGUACACAUUUGCAGUAUUUUGUCAGGAGGCUGCUGUGUAAACACCUUUUUUUUAAAUUCGGUUGAAAUUAUUUUUUUGCAUUUAAAAUUGAUCUUUUUUUUUUUUUUUUAAACCAUGUUUUCUUUGCAGUCACAGAGUUUGUUCUAUUGGUUCCGGGCCAUGGGAAAGAGUCAGUACUCAACCUUUAAAGCAGUGGAUUUCUCACAUGUAAAUGGAAAACAUCCUCCAGGAAAAUGAAGGGGAAAAAAAAAAAAAACAAGAUAAAGGUCAAGUUCACUGGCUGACUAAAUAAAUAUAUAAGCACAAUUGAAUACAAUGUUUUUUAAGUAAUUCAACAGAAAACAUAAAAAUAAUAAAGAUGAUAAACAGUAAUAAGUGAAUGUAGUGAUCAGAAUAUGUAGGGGACAUAUAUCCCCCCCCCCACACACACACUCAUGUCAGAGUAAAUUGUUUUGAGCAGAGAGCACUGAGGAUUUCCUGAGCAUAAUCUGAAACAGUUGCUGUUAGCAUUACUGCGUGAUUGCAAAGAUUGCAGGGCUGCAGGGACUCAGCACCCUGCUUCAUUUUGGGGGGUCAGUGGGUGGAAGGGGGUGCCUCCGGCUAUUGUGCAUCCCGGGGCGCCGCAUCUCUAUGUCCCUUCCCAAGUCUUUGGCUGACGUAUUUAUUCGAAAUUUAAAAACAAAUGGCAGAGCUUAUGGCAUUGGAUUGCUCAAUUACUAGCUGGAGUAGUACUACAAGGCAACAAAUUGUUAUACAGUAAACCUCGGAUAUAUCGGACUCGGAUAUAUCGGAAAUUCGCUCACAACGGACAGAUAAAAAAGAACCGAUUUUUCUGUAAUGCAUUUCCAAUAAAAAUUCAUUGCAUAUAUCGGAUUUUUUAUAACGGAUUUCGCCUAUUUCGGACAAAAUCUCCAGUCCCGUUCCAAUGCAUUUCCAUUAAAUUCCCCUCGCAUAUAUCGGAUGGCCGCAUCGUGGCGCUCCGAUUCGCCGAAUC